GCGGCAAAGCAUCAGUAUUUGAAAACACAAAUAAGCGAUACGAAGAAGCGAAGUGGUGGAAACACCGAGUUUUGCGACGAAGCGAUUUUACAUACGACAUUUUCAUUACAAUAAAGUGAAAAGAAGUGAUACAAACAUUAAAAAUGCCAGCUGUUGGAAUUGAUCUUGGAACAACUUACUCUUGUGUUGGAGUUUGGCAACAUGGAAACGUUGAAAUCAUUGCAAAUGAUCAAGGAAACCGAACAACUCCUUCAUAUGUGGCUUUUACAGAUACAGAAAGACUCAUUGGAGAUGCUGCGAAGAACCAGGUCGCUUUAAAUCCCAAUAACACAGUUUUUGACGCGAAGCGGCUGAUUGGCAGAAAAUUCGAUGAUCCAAAAAUCCAACAAGAUAUGAUACAUUGGCCCUUCAAAGUGAUUAACGACUGCAGUAAACCCAAAAUACAAGUGGAAUUUAAAGGUGAAACAAAGAGAUUUGCGCCGGAAGAAAUUAGUAGUAUGGUAUUAACGAAAAUGAAGGAAACCGCUGAAGCAUAUUUGGGCUCUGCAGUCAAAGAUGCUGUUAUCACAGUUCCUGCUUACUUUAACGACUCUCAACGGCAGGCCACAAAAGAUGCAGGCGCAAUUGCCGGUCUCAACGUUUUAAGAAUAAUUAACGAGCCUACCGCAGCCGCUUUAGCUUAUGGAUUGGAUAAAGAUCUCAAAGGAGAACGAAAUGUAUUAAUCUUCGAUUUGGGCGGUGGAACGUUUGACGUUUCCAUACUAACAAUCGACGAGGGCUCUCUAUUUGAAGUUAAAGCCACUGCCGGUGAUACCCAUCUUGGAGGGGAAGAUUUUGAUAAUAGACUGGUUAAUCAUCUAGCGGAUGAAUUCAAACGAAAAUAUAAGAAAGACAUGAAAAAUAAUCCUAGAGCUCUUCGUCGACUAAGAACUGCGGCUGAGAGGGCAAAACGAACAUUGUCAUCGAGCACAGAAGCCACCAUUGAAAUCGACGCUCUCUAUGAAGGUAUUGACUUCUACACCAGGGUAUCAAGAGCGCGUUUUGAAGAAUUAAAUGCUGACUUAUUCCGUGGUACACUCGAACCGGUCGAAAAAGCGCUCAAGGAUGCAAAACUUGACAAAAGCUCCAUUCAUGAUGUAGUGCUAGUCGGCGGAUCUACACGUAUACCCAAGAUUCAAAGCAUGUUGCAAAAUUUCUUCUGCGGCAAAAAGCUUAAUCUUUCCAUCAACCCGGAUGAAGCUGUAGCCUACGGAGCAGCAGUACAGGCGGCUAUAUUGAGUGGCGAACAACACAGCAAAAUUCAAGAUGUUCUACUAGUCGACGUGGCUCCACUAUCCUUGGGUAUUGAGACUGCAGGCGGAGUAAUGACAAAGAUCAUUGAACGUAACGCAAAGAUACCCUGCAAACAAUCUCAAACUUUCACAACGUAUUCUGACAACCAGCCAGCUGUUACCAUCCAGGUGUACGAAGGUGAACGUGCUAUGACUAAGGAUAACAACUUGUUGGGACGAUUCGACCUAACAGGCAUUCCGCCUGCGCCACGAGGAGUGCCCAAGAUAGACGUUACGUUCGAUUUGGACGCUAACGGUAUCCUGAACGUGUCUGCAAAGGAAAAUAGUACAGGCCGAAGCAAGAAUAUUGUCAUUAAAAAUGACAAAGGAAGGCUGUCACAAGCUGAAAUCGAUCGGAUGUUAGCUGAAGCUGAACGAUAUAAGGAAGAGGACAGCAGGCAAAGAGAAAGAGUGGCAGCUCGUAAUCAACUCGAAUCAUAUGUGUUUAGCGUAAAACAGGCCCUUGAUGAAGCGGGCGAGAAGAUUGGACAACAAGACAAAGACACAGCUAGAAAGGCAUGCGAUGAUGCCCUCAAAUGGUUAGACAACAACACUUUAGCAGAAAAAGAGGAGUACGAGCAUAAACAAAAGGAAGUGGAAAGAAUAUGUUCACCUGUAAUGAGCAAGAUGCAUGGGGCAGGUGCUGGAGGCAACGGUUAUCAACAAGCGGGCCCUGGUAACUACCAACAGUAUGGACAACAAAGGCAUUCCGGACCCACCGUAGAAGAAGUCGACUAAAUGGAUUGAAAGUGUAGAUCUCAUAAUUGCGUUCCUACUUAUUUAUCCACCUAGUACAAUUAUAUUUUAUAAAUAUAAUUUUAGGUUUAAGUAUUUAUGUUUUGUACAUAGGUAUUAGUUUUAUAUUAUUUAUUUGCAUUCCAAUUUUAACAGAUGAUCACGUACUGAGCUGCUUUUG